AUGGAGAUGCCAAGUUCUGCUGACUCCUGGCUUCCCCGUUGCCUCUUCACUUUGGUCUUCUUCCAGCUGCCGGCUCAAGGCUCAGGGGAUACCAGCAAGUUCCACCUGGUCCCGCUAGGGGGCACAGCCGAGCUGAUCUGCCCGGUCCCGCUCUGGCCCGACACGGUGCCCAAGGAGGUGAGGUGGCUGCGGCCUUCCCACGCCCGGAGCUCCCAAGCUGUUCACGUGUUCCUGAACGGGACCGGCAGGGAUGAAGACCUGAUGCCGGAGUACAAAGGCAGGACGGCGCUGGUGAGGGAUGCCCAAGAGGGAAGUUUCAUUCUGCACAUCCGCAACGUAACCCUCGAGGACCGAGGACAGUACCUGUGUCGGGUCCUGGUCGGAACCCGGAGUCGAGAGGGCCCUGUGACACUGCAGGUUGCAGUUCUAGGCUCUGAUCCUUAUAUCCACGUGAAGGGCUACGAUGCUGGAUGGAUCCAGCUGGUGUGCCGGUCGAUGGGAUGGUUCCCAAAGCCCUGGGUCGAGUGGAGAGACCCUAAAGGCAAGGUCCUUCUGUCCCUGUCGGAGGCCCACUCUCUGGAUGAAACAGGGCUCUUCCAAACAGCAGUGUCCAGCAGAGUCAGGGAUAGCACCCUGGGGAAUGUGUCCUGUACUGUCCGAAAUGAAGUCGUUGGUCAAGAGAAGACUACAGCCAUGGUCAUAGCAGCCCCAUCUCCAGGAAGGCUCUCCUCUUCAGCGGUGGCUCUGGCUACCAUCCUGCCUAUCCUGGGACUUCUCAUCACACUGGGCAUUUGGCUCAUCUGGAAGCAAAGAAAAUCGAAAGAGAAACUUCUCUAUGAACAGGUGAUGGAGGUAGAAAAUCUUCUUGAAGACCAUGCAAAAGAAAAAGGAAGACUCCACAAAGCUCUCAAGAAACUCCGGAGUGAACUGAAGUUGAAAAGGGCAGCAGCGAACUCAGGUUGGAGAAGAGCUCGGCUACACUUUGUGGCAGUGACUCUGGACCCAGAUACAGCCCAUCCCAAACUUAUCUUGUCUGAGGACCGGAGAUGUGUGAGGCUUGGAGACAGAAAGCGGCCUGUGCCUGACAACCCCGAGAGAUUUGAUUUCGUUGUCAGUGUCCUAGGCUCAGAGUACUUCACUGCUGGCUGUCAUUACUGGGAGGUGUAUGUGGGUGAGAAGACCAAAUGGAUCCUUGGGGUGUGCAGUGAUUCUGUGAGCAGGAAAGGGAAGGUGACUGCCUCACCUGCCAAUGGCCACUGGCUUGUCCGCCAGAGUCGUGGGAAUGAAUUUGAAGCUCUCACAUCCCCACAGACCUCCUUCCGCCUGAAAGAACCCCCAAAGUGUGUGGGGGUUUUCCUGGACUAUGAAGCAGGAGUUAUCUCCUUCUACAAUGUGACUGACAAGUCCCAUAUGUAUACUUUCACCCAUAGCUUCUCUAGCCCACUUCGUCCUUUCUUUGAACCUUGUCUUCAUGAUGGAGGGAAAAAUACUGCCCCUCUAAUCAUUUGUUCAGAACUACAGAAAUCAGAAGAAUCAAUUGUCCCCAAGCAGGAAGGAAAAGUUCAUGCUAAUGGAGAUGUGUCCUUGAAGGUGAACCCUUCCUUAUUACCAGCUCAGGGGGUAGAAUUUUUUCCACUCAAGGAUAUUUGGCCCUCUGACCUUGGCCCAGCCCUUCAGGAGCUCAAGGCUCCUUCUUUUUAAGGAUGUAGCUCAUGACCUCCAGCCUAGCAUCCUGGACAUUAGUCUCCUAGCCCAGUA